AUGCCAAUGAACAUCAGCCUUGGCAAUAAAAAGCCUGCAGGCCCGAAAUCAGGAAACCCUCUCGGCCAGAAGCGAAAGAACAUAUUUGAUGAUGAUUCUGGCGCCGAAGACGAGCAGAAUAAGUCCGGCGCAGUUGAGGUUUCGACCAUUGGAGGGUUAGAGGAGCCGGCACCAAAAGCACCCACGAGCGCAGGCCCCCCACCGAAGCGCAAGAUGCAAUUCGGAGGCGCAGCCAAGCCAGCAAUCAAACCGCUCAGCAAGAACUCCCUGUUUGCAGACGACGAGGAUGAGGACGAAGCAAAGGAGAAAGAGCAACAGGGCCAAAUGCACCUGGGGUUGAACCAGGCAAAGUCGAAGAAUUCAGCCGCUCCUGGCAAAGAUUUCACUAAUCUGUCAGCAAUGCACAGCAGCAAGAAGCAUGCCAAGGAAGCCGAAGAACUGGAUCCAUCUAUUUACUCGUACGAUGCCGUAUAUGACAGCCUACAUGCCAAACCUACCAAAUCAUCUGUGAACACCAAGAGCGAAACGCCAAAAUACAUGCAAAACUUGCUGCAAAGCGCCGAGAUCCGAAAACGAGAUCAACUCCGGGCAAAGGAUCGUCAACUUGCUAGGGAACGUGAAGCUGAAGGCGACGAAUUUGACGACAAGGAGAAGUUCGUGACGUCCGCAUACAAGGCACAGCAAGAAGAAUUGCGCAGGGCCGAGGAGGAAGAGGCACGCCGUGAACAGGCAGAGGAAGAACGCCGGAAGAAGAGUGGAAAUUCCGGCAUGAUUGGGUUCUACCGAGACGUUCUUUCUCGUGGCGAAGAACAACACGAACAAGCCGUCAAAGCUGCCGAGGAGGCUGCCCGUCGCGUCAAAGAAGGCGAGCUCCCAGAAGAGACAAAGGACGAGAACGAGAAGACCGAGGCGGAGAAGGCCGAAGAUCUCAACUCUCGCGGUGCUCGUGUUGCUGUCAAUGAUGAGGGCCAAGUUGUCGACAAACGACAGCUGUUGUCCGCGGGAUUGAACGUGGCACCGAAGCCAAAGUCUCAAGCGCCGGCACCCAAACCAGCUGCACGGCCAGCUGCACGGCCAGUUGCUGGCCACCAAAACGCCCGGGCCGCCCAAAGAGCUCGACAAACAGACAUGGUUGCCAGCCAAUACGAGGAGCGUGCACGCCAAGAAGAGGAGGCCGAGGCCGCCAAGCAGAAGGAGAUUGCAGAGAAGAGUCGCAGCCGCAAGACCGAGGGAGAGGUUUCCAGUGCGAAGGAGCGAUACCUCGCAAGAAAGAAAGAGCGCGAAGAAGCCGCAGCAAAGGCCAAGGGGGCUUGA